UCCCCCGAGCGCCAGGACCCCUGGCACCCGUGUCUCCUCUACUCGCCAGGUCCAGCCAUGGGCCCCGCUGCUCGCCCUCCGCUGAGGUCGCCCCCGCCGCCUCCUCCGCCGCCGCCGUCGCCACUGCUGCUGCUGCUGCCCCUGCUGCCGCUCUGGCUGGGCCUGGCGGGACCCGGGGCCGCGGCGGACUGCGGCGAGCCUGAGGCCGGGGCGGGGCGGGGCGGGGCCCGCGCCGUACGAGUGGACGUGAGGCUGCCGCGGCAGGACGCGCUGGUCCUGGAGGGCGUCAGGAUUGGCCCCGAGGUCGACCCCGCACCCGCGCUGGGCGGCCGCCUGCUGCUGAUGGACAUCGUGGAUGCUGAGCAGGAGGUACCCGUAGAAGGCUGGAUUGCAGUGGCAUACGUGGGCAAGGAGCAGGCAGCCCAGUUGCACCAGGAGAGUCAGGGCAGCGGUCCCCAGGCCUAUCCCAAGGCCCUGGUCCAGCAGAUGCGGAGGGCACUCUUCCUGGGAGCCUCUGCCCUGCUCCUCCUCAUCUUGAACCACAACGUGGUCCGAGAGCUAGAUAUAUCGCAGCUUCUGCUCAGGCCAGUGAUUGUCCUCCAUUAUUCUUCCAAUGUCACCAAGCUGUUGGAGGCACUGCUGCAGAGGACUCAGGCCACAGCCGAGAUCACUAGUGGAGAGUCACUGUCAGCCAACAUCGAGUGGAAGCUGACCCUGUGGACUACCUGUGGCCUCUCCAAGGAUGGCUACGGAGGAUGGCAGGACUUGGUGUGCCUGGGAGGCAGUCGGGCCCAGGAGCAGAAGCCCCUGCAGCAGCUGUGGAACGCCAUCCUGCUGGUGGCCAUGCUCCUGUGCACAGGCCUCGUGGUCCAGGCCCAGCGGCAGGCGGCCAGGCAAAGCCAGCAGGAACCUGGAGGCCAGGUGGAUCUGCUCAAGCUCCGCGUGCUGCGGAGACUGGCAUCCCUGAAGACCCGGCGCUGCCGUCUGGGCCGCGCAGUCCAGGGCCCCCCAGAACCAGGUGCUGAGACCUGUGCCGUGUGUUUGGACUACUUCUGCAAUAAGCAGUGGCUCCGGGUGCUGCCCUGCAAGCAUGAGUUUCACCGAGACUGCGUGGACCCCUGGCUGAUGCUCCAGCAGACUUGCCCGCUGUGCAAAUUCAAUGUCCUGGGAAACCGCUACUCAGAUGAUUAGCUGCCCAAGCUGGGUGUCUGCAUGUGGGCAAAGGACCCUCCCACCUGCACCCUGGCCCUAGGCCUGGGCUCCCGGAACAGAACAGCGGGAUGGACAGGAAGCCGGUGGGAGGAAGGACAGGGGCCUCCCCUGCUGAGGGGCCAGGCACCCCAUCGUAUUCAUUUUGGGAAGGAGGGACCACACUCCCCAGUCUGAGGAUGCAGGAUCUGGACCUGCCAACUCAAGAGAAGCCACCUUGGGGCCCUUCUUCUACCAUCCUGGAAUGUCUGUGUCUGCCCUCCUCGCAGGCAGCUCCUGGGACCCUGGCCUGGGGGAAGAAGCGGGUGGGGCAGCGCAGCUGGUCCCAGGGCUUUGGUGCCUCUCUGACCUGCCUGUCAGGGCAUCCCUGGGGACUGAGGCUGUGGUGGCUGGUUGAGUUGUGUGCUUAUUUAUUGGGCGCUGGGUUGUGAGAGGAGCUAUCUGGCCUUGGGGGCAUCCCAGCCGGUCUUUCAGGACACAUCUUGGUCAAGGCUAUGAUGUUCAACUGAUAACGCCCUCAGCCCUUGGACACAAGGUGCUGCCUGUCCAGCUGGACUCCCUCCCCAGGCCUGGCUGGGACCAGAGGCCUCAGAAGCCAUCCAGUCCUGUGCUGCUUGGCCAGGCUACGGGUUGCUGACCAGGGUACUUGAAGCUGCAGGAUAAACGUGGUGCAUCUUUUAGGGGCAGCUGGGUUUUUUAAGACUUGGGGUAGGGGAGGUUUAAUACUGAAGUAAACAUGGAUAUAUUUUAACAUAAA